AUGUUGGAUAACUACAGCAACCUGGUUUCUGUAGGCCUUUCUGUAUCAAAACCAGAGCUAGUCACCUGUCUUGAACAGAACAAAGAACCCUGGAUCAUGUACAUAGGGGAAGUAGAAGGUAGAGACUCAGUUAAUCAUUCUGAAAACCAUGCACAUCCAAAGAUUUUUGAUAAGUACUCAAAUACUUCUUUGCACCAACAUGACCAUAUCAAAGAGAAGCCAUACAGAUGUAAUGCCUGUGGAAAGUCCUAUAACAAAUUCUCAUACCUUCAUAUUCAUCACAGAAUCCAUAUUAGAGAGGAACCUUAUAUAUGUGAUGAAUGGGGAAAGUCCUUCGUCCAGUCCUCCACUCUUCAAUGUCACAAGAGAAUCCAUACUGAAGAAAAGCCUUAUAAAUAUGUUCAAUGUGGAAAGUGCUUUAGGAAUGGCUCAUCUCUUUGUGCUCAUCAGAGAAUCCAUACUGGAGAGAAACCUUAUAAAUGUGAUGAAUGUGGAAAAUCCUUUGUCCAGUCCUCCAAUCUUCAAUGUCACAAGAGAAUCCAUACUGGUGAAAAGCCUUAUAAAUGUGAUGAAUGUGGAAAAUCUUUUGUCCAGUCCUCCAAUCUUCAAUAUCACAAGAAAAUCCAUACUGGAGAAAAGCCUUAUAAAUGUGAUGAAUGUGGAAAGUGCUUUAGGGAUGGCUCAUCUCUUCAUGUUCAUCAGAGAAUCCAUACUGGAGAGAAACCUUAUAAGUGUGAUGAAUGUGGAAAGUUCUUUGUCCAAUCCUCUAAACUUCAACGUCAUAGGAGAAUCCAUACUGGAGAGAAAUCUUAUAAAUGUACUGAAUGUGGAAAAUGCUUUAGAGAUAUCUCAUCUCUUCAUGUUCAUCAGAGAAUCCAUACUGGAGAGAAACCUUAUAAAUGUGACGAAUGUGGAAAAUCCUUUGUCCAGUCCUCCAAUCUUCAAUGUCACAAGAGAAUCCAUACUGGAGAAAAGCCUUAUAAAUGUGAUGAAUGUGGAAAAUCCUUUGUCCAGUCCUCCAAUCUUCAAUAUCACAAGAAAAUCCAUACUGGAGAAAAGCCUUAUAAAUGUGACGAAUGUGGAAAGUGCUUUAGGGAUGGCUCAUCUCUUCAUGUUCAUCAGAGAAUCCAUACUGGAGAGAAACCUUAUAAGUGUGAUGAAUGUGGAAAGUGCUUUAGGGACGGCUCAUCUCUUUGUGCUCAUCAGAGAAUCCAUACUGGGGAGAAACCUUAUAAAUGUGAUGGAUGUGGAAAAUCCUUUGUCCAGUCCUCCACUCUUCAAUGUCACAAGAGAAUCCAUACUGGAGAAAAGCCUUAUAAAUGUAAUGAAUGUGGAAAGUGCUUUAAGGAUGGCUCAUCUCUUUGUGCUCAUCAGAGAAUCCAUACUGGGGAGAAACCUUAUAAAUGUGAUGAAUCUGGAAAGUCCUUUGUAUAG